AUGCCGAAGAAAAAGACAGGACAGAGAAGAAAAGCUGAAAAGCAAAAAUUAAGACAAAAAGAAAUUAGAACCGCUAAAGAUCAAAUAGAUUUAGCAAAAUUUCCAUGCAAUGCGGUAAUGGGAGCUAUAUGUGACUACUGUGAAGCAUGGGUUUGUCAUGGAAGACGUUGCCUUACAACUCAUGCAUGUAUGUGUCCAUUGAUAGAUGCAGUUUGUCAAGAAUGUGAAAGAGGUGUAUGGGAUCAUGGUGGUAGAAUAUUUCGAUGUUCAUUUUGUAAUUGUUUUCUUUGUGAAGAUGACCAAUUUGAACACCAAGCAUCAUGUCAAGUCUUGGAAGCAGAGAAUUUUAAAUGUCAAUCUUGCAAUCGAUUAGGACAAUAUUCAUGUUUGAGAUGUAAAACAUGUUAUUGUGAAGAUCAUAUUCGAAGAAAAGGAUUUAAAUAUGAAAAAAAUAAACCCAUACCUUGUCCAAAAUGUGGUUUUGAAACAUCUCAAACAAAAGACCUCAGCAUGUCAACAAGAACUCAUAAGUUUGGUAGGCAGAGUCAAGCUGGGACAUAUGAAUCUGAUGAUGAGAGUGGAUAUAACUAUUAUGGAAAUCAAUCUGAAGACUAUGUUUCUGGAAGUUAUGCUGUUUAUGAUCAGGAAGAUGAUGAGGAUGACGAUGAUGAUGAGGAUGACGAUGAUGAUGAGGAUGAGGAUGACGACGACGAUGACGACGACGAUGAUGAACAGGAAGAUGAGUUAUCAAGUGAAAAUGAGAAAAAUUGCAAUAAUAAAUUACAUGAAACAUAG